UAUUUUCAUAUAAGAAAGUGGCAAUAGAAGAGUUUAAAUUAUUUAUUCAAGCUUUAUGGGCAACCAGAUGUGCGCUAUCUGUUAUUAUUAAUGGCUAUGAAAAAAUAGGAGAAAAACUGUUAAAAGAUUAUAAUUGGAUUACUAGUUCUGACCCAUAUGAAGUCGAUUGCAGAAUACAAGGCUAUCAAUCACACACUUCGCCAUAA